AUGUGUGCUUUCCAGCUUCUGUUUGGGGCCAGCUCUGCCACCCUGCUCCUGGUUCAAUGCCUGCAGCUAGGGAUCAGCGGAGCUCAGGAAGACACUCGAAAAUCACUAAUAGCCAAUGUGCAGAUGCCGAAGGAAGCAAAAGCAGGUGAAGUGAUCACCUUGAAGCUUAAAGUUCAGACAGAAUUGAGAGAAUGUGUGGUGAUUAAAGCUUAUCUCAAGAGCAGUAAGCCAAUUGAGGGAGCCUUCAACUAUAAAUACACCACCUGCCUCUGUAAAGACUACCCAAGAACCUUGUCCUGGGACAUCCACACCAACAACACCCUACAAGUUGCAGCAGUGGUUGACAUUAUUCAAGAAAAAAAUAUCUGCCCUAAAGAUGAUGCAGUGAUACCUAUCAAAGGAGGUCGAAUUGCUAAAAUUAGUACCCUGUUCAUAAAGUAA